AUGGAAAUCUUACAUGAAGAACAUGAUAUGCUAUGGACCAUGAGGAUCGAAGAAGAUGCACCGCAUGUUGCUGAUGAUGCUAAGAAACUUAAGACAUUGAGAAAAAGUCGGUCAAUACUUAGACAAAGAAUAGUUGACAGUAAUCUAGAAUAUGUUAAUAGUAAGGAGUCUCCAUUCAAAAUUUGGAAAGGACUUAUUGAAACAUUUGUACGAAAAAUGAUAAAAAGUCAAUUGUUCACAAUUAGACGCCUUUUAUCACUCAAUUUUGAAGAAAAGCAGAAAUUAGCGUCUUAUUUUCUCACUUUUGACAAAUUUAUUCGAGAUCUCGGCAAAUCAACCUAA